UAGGGGGCUAAUAAUUCUGACUUCAACUGUACAUGUUUGAUGAAUUCAAACUUGACAAACUGCUUUAUUUGAUAUGAUCCAAUGCAAGAACAUUCAAAUAAAUAUUUUGCAAAUACACCAUAUAUUCAUAUACAAUAGUUGCAUCUUAUAUCAUAUCAUUUUCAUUGUCGUCUGUGUAUAGAGUUGUGCACUCUUGCAUUCUUAACUGUCGCGUAACAUGAGAAACUCAUGAAUGAAUGUAGGGAUGCAAAGUUUCCUUUGCUUGGCUGAGCUGUUGUGGAUGGAAACACACACACACACACCCACCCACACACACACACAUCUACAUUUGUAUAAUUCUGACCUCAAACCCAGAGAGUGGAUGAGCUGAGAAGAACAAGAAUCUGUGAUUAAGUGCAUGUCCUCAGGCUCUGAACCCUCAAAUCCAAGUAUAGACUUUUUAAUUGCACUUUAGCCAUGGCCUAGCUUUAUAUCCAGCCUGCGUUAAAACGUUUUCAUAGUUUGAAAUUGAUUGCGUGGAUGCUCCAGGUCCCAACUGAUCACAAACGAUCACAUAUUUGUUCAAUUUUAAGCUUUAAUUCAUAAUCUGUGUCUGAAUAAAUUGAUGAAUGCUGUUAAGUCAUUAUUAAAUCACUGUUAUUUAUAAUUUGUGGCUGCUUUUCUGUAUUUAUAUAGAGAAUAAAUUGUGUUGUAUAUCAGAGGCUUUUCUUUGUCACUGCGGGUGAUGGAAUGCAAGAACGGCCAUCCAUCCCGCCACCUUCAAUAAUAAAUGAGACACCGCUAUCACUGUGUCAUUCUAAACCUUUCUACUCCACUCCACUGUAUUCUUGUCCAUGGAGGGGAAGAUCUGUGAAUUAUUUAAGCCAAAUCAGUUUAGAGAGACUCAGCUGCCUCUUUCUCUCAUUGAGCCUGUGGACUUUGGUCGUAAUUGUAAGCAUAGAGCGGUUGGUUCAUAUUUAUUGUACAUUUCUAACUUUUUAUUUAUUUUGGAGACAGCUGUUGGGCUUUUUUACAACUUGGUUAAGGCACUGGACGUGAGAGUCAUGGCAUCAUGGUCCACAGAGUAUUAGGGGUACCUUAUAUCUGGCUGACUGUUUUAUUUCUACCCCUCCUCCUUCAAGGCGUAGAGAUCUUGGACCCAGGACAAGUGGUAUACACUGAGACCAAGACCAAUGGUGUGGUGGGACGUGGAGUGAUUCUGGAGUGUGGCCCCACGUUACCUGAUGUCUACAUCUGGGGGUUUACCCAGCCGGGGACAGACACCAUCCGUGCUGUGGUGUACAACUUUGGGAAGGGUCCCAAGAUACAGAAGUUAGCCAAUGAAUUGGGUGAAUUGACAGUAAUCAGCAACAGCGCCUCUUUGUCCAUUGAUAAGCUUCCUCUGGCUGCAGAAGGAGUGUAUACCUGCCAGGCGCUGUAUGAUACCCCUGAUGGAGCCAAGUUGUAUUACUACUAUGUGUUUCUGCGUGUUCUAGUGCCAGUGACCAAACCUUACAUUGUGAUGAGUGACUCUUCGCCAGUGGAGGGCACGUCAAUGAUCAUGCGCUGUGGCCUGGAGAAUGGCACACGACCUAUUAAUUACAUUUGGGAACAGGAGAGUCGGGAAAGCAAGCUCACCACCAUGGCUGAAAUCUAUGAUGACAACCAGUUCAAUCUCACCGAUGUCAACCGCAAUCACACUGGAUGGUACAGAUGUCUUGCCAGCAACCAAGUCAACCAGCAGCGCAGUGACCGAGUCUGGCUUGACACCAUAUUUGGUCCAGAUCAGCCUCAGAUCGAUGUCACCCCUUACUCUGUGACGGAACGGGGUUAUUCUGCCCUGGAAAGAGAGACAGUUUCCCUUCUGUGUCAAGCUUCUUCUAAUCCCCCCAGUCAGUACGUCUGGUUCUACAACAACUCCCAGGUGUUCGCGGGUCCGCAGUUCACUAUCACCAAGAUCCUACGUAUGCACACGGGCCACUAUGCUUGCCUGGCUCAAAACACUUACCUCAACACCCGCUCCAGGAAAACCAUCACCCUCACCGUCUACUAUCCACCAGAUGGCGCUCCAACUUGCUUGAUUCUACCAACAAACAAUUACACUGACCUGGCCCUUCUCUGUACCUGGGAGGGUGGAAUCCCUGCAGCCGCUUUGAGAUGGACCCCGUAUGUGUUUGAAAAAGAGAGUGAGGGAUUCUCCAACAUCACAAAGAUUCAGAAAGGUCAAGAUACUGCGAACAACUCUGUGUUCAUCUGCCAAGGCUCACACGUUGCUUCAAAUGAAAUCAAGAGCUGCAGUGUAAAAACUUGGGCGCCCUAUGGGGAACCAAAGUGCUCAGCAUAUGCAACUCGAAACAAUGAGUACCUAAUGCUGUCCUGCUCCUGGGAAGGCGGGUUUCCUCGAGCCCUAGUUUGGUGGUCCUCCAGCACAGGAGACAUGCAAGGCACAUCUGAGGAGAAUGCUAACAUCCUGGUUCUGCGUUCAAGCGCUACCUACAGUGGCAAGGCCUUUGUAUGCCAUGCAAAACAUCCAUUGGUUAAGGAGAUCAAACAGUGCGUUUUAAAACUGGAGGCACCGGUCCUUGUAACUCAACGGAGCGUUAUGACGGUUUAUGAAGGCAAUGAUGUCCAGCUCAGCUGUGUUUUGAGUAGAAACUACCCUGUCACAGAGAUUUCCUGGUACAACAAUCAGAAACAGCAUGUGAAUGAUAUUCCUUUGAAGUACGUCUUGGAGCGGGCUGCUGCCUGGACCAACUUGACUGUGCGAGAAACAGACAGCGAGACAGACAGUGGCCAGUACUGGUGUUCAGCUACCAAUGCUGUGGGUGGGGCAGAGAUUCCCAUUAUGCUGAUGGUGAAAAGGUACCCAAUGCCCCCAGAUUUAAGCAUCACUAGGAUCAUGUACAACAGUCGUCACCGGACAGAUGUUGACCUAGACUGGCAGCUUCAGUCUGAAGGUGAUCUCACUGGGUUCUUUAUUGAACGGCAGAGGCUCCCUGAACCUGCGAAGAAAAGAAACACAGACGUUCCCUGGCAGAAACUGAUAGAUCUGGAUCCUGAGUCCCGAACCUACCAAAUAAACAAUCUGGAUCCCAAUGGAGCCUAUGCAUUUCGCAUUACUGCCAUCAACCACCGCACCAUUGGAAACCCUUCAGAUAUAAAGAGCCCAGCCGACCCUCCCUUCAAUGCCUACCCAGCUGUGAUCGGGGCAGCCAUUGGGGGCAUGAUCAUAGCCACAAUAAUCACUAUACUGCUCUUCAUGUAUGUGGUACGGAACCGCAACAAUAACCCACGGCUCCAUGACUUGAUAUUUGGAAGGCAAAAUAGCCAGUCUAGAGAGAACAUUAAUUUCCCUGAGGAUGAAGUUCCUGGCACAGCAGAGGGGGAGAGAGGUACAGAAGAGCCAGGCCCAUCAGCCACUCCAGCGGCAUCAAUGGCACUGCCAAGGCCAACAGCAACACCUACGAACCUUCCCCCAGGCAAAGAGCCAGUCAACGUAACUAUAACUGUCAUGGCCUCCAGCUAAAUACGAGGCUAAUAAUAUUCACGUUUCUAUCAUAAAUGUACUACAGGAGAAUACACUCUGAGGAUCAAGAACACAUUUUCAUCAUCAAUAGAAGAAAACUAUAAAAGAAAGAAAAAUCAUUUUGUGUUUUACAUUUUGUGAAUAUAAUUUUAUACUAAGAUCAGUUUAAGUGUUUACUAACAAGUGUCUACCAUUUAAGUAACAGCGUCUGAUUAACUACAAGCACAUUUUGUCAAUUUACAGCUGGAUUGCUGCUAUAUUUUUUGCUACACUGUUUAAGAAGGUAGUCAGCAAUCCUACAUACAAGCAAAAGGGAUUUUAUUUGCAUCAAAAUCAAAUGUGUUAAGGCAAACCGAUUGUUUAAGCUAGUGAUAAUUUGGUAUUUUUAAAGCAUUGUAAGCAAAAGGCACUAUUUUCUGAACUCAGUGUUUUAAUAAAACAAAAGCUGAACAGGA